AUGCUGUCUGCAUAUACAGUGUUGGCCGAGGACUCGGCCAUAGAGAAGCCCGUCUUGGAUGAUAGGAAGUACCGAUUCUUGAAGUUGGCCCAGAACGACCUCCAUGUCUUGGUGAUCCACGAUCCAACCACCGACAAAUCCGCCGCGUCGUUGGACGUGAAUGUCGGUUCGUUUGCUGACAAAAAAUACACCAUUCUGGGCUUGGCGCACUUCUGUGAACACUUGCUAUUCAUGGGCACCGAAAAGUACCCCGAGGAAAACGAAUAUGCCAGCUACUUGUCCAAACACUCGGGCCACUCGAACGCGUACACGGCCGCUGAACAUACCAACUACUAUUUUGAGGUGGGGUCCGCACAUUUGGAGGGGGCGCUUGACCGCUUUGCGCAGUUUUUCAUUAGCCCGUUAUUUAGCAAGAGCUGCAAAGACCGCGAGAUCCGGGCGGUCGACUCCGAAAACAAAAAGAAUCUCCAAAACGAUCUCUGGCGCAUGUACCAGCUCGAAAAGCUGACCAGUAACCCCAAGCACCCUUUUAACGGGUUUUCCACCGGCAACUACGCCACUUUGAACGAUGAGCCUGAAAGUAGGGGCCUCAAUGUACGUGACGUGUUGCUCCAGUUCUACAAGGAGCAGUACUCGGCCAAUCUCAUGAGCUUGGUCAUUUUGGGAUCCGAGUCGCUUGACGAAUUGACCGCAUGGGCUGCCGACAAGUUUGCGGCAAUCCCCAACGCUUCUCUUCCCCGGCCCUCAUAUGACAACGAGCUCAUUUAUGCUCCGGAACAAAUGGGAAAGCUUCUCAAGGCGAAGUCUAUCAUGGACACCAACAAGUUGGAGCUUUCGUUCAUGGUCCCGGACGACAUGGAGAAACAUUGGGAGACGAAGCCAGGCCAAUACUACUCGCACCUCUUGGGGCAUGAAAGCAAGGGCUCUUUGUGCUACUACCUCAAGGAGAAAAACUGGAUCACGUCCCUCUCUGCCGGAAACAUGAAGGUUUGCCAGGGUAACUCCUUGUUCAUGGUUGAGGCGGAACUCACUCCUCAGGGCUUAGAACAAUGGCAGGAUAUUGUGGUGCACGCCUUCGAGUACCUCAAAUUAUUGCACUCGCAAGACCCAGAGGAGUGGAUUUGGAAGGAGGUCAGCGACAUGUCCGAAAUCAACUUUCGCUUCAAGCAGAAGCUGAGCACAUCCUCCACUGUCUCUAGAAUGAGCAACAGCCUUUACAAAUUUGUGGGCGACGCUCCAAUUCCUCCUGAGAGCCUUUUGAACUACACCAUCAUGAAAGACUUUAACGCGGCAAAAAUCAAGAAGUACGGCUCGUACUUGGUUCCCUCCAAUGUCCGUCUCAGCCUCACGUCACAACUGUUCGAGGGCUUGCCGUCGAAAGAAAAGUGGUACGGUUCUGAAUAUUCGUUGGAGGACAUCCCCCGCGAUCUUUCUAACACGAUCCAGAACGUUUCGCUCAACCCCAAGUUCCACAUGACUGCGCCAAACAACUUCAUUCCGAAGGACUUUUCCGUUUUAGGCAAAAAAGCAGAUCGCCCGCUUUCUCACCCACAUCUUAUCUCUGACACACACAGGCACGAGACAUGGUUCAAACAGGACGACUCCUUCGAGGUACCGAAGGGUUACAUCAAUCUCACAAUCCUCACCCCGGCAUUGGGCGAGUCCAUCCAGUCUACAGUGCUUGGUACAUUGUGGACCGAGUUGCUCGAUGACGAGUUGAACGACUUGAAGUAUUAUGCCGAACUUGUUGGGUUACACUGUUCUAUCUAUCAGAGCAGAAGCUCCAUUACGUUGAAGGUGGGUGGAUACAACGACAAGCUUCCUGAAUUUCUCAAACAGAUUUCGCAAUUUCUCAUCUCGUUUACACCAAAGUCAGACAGGUUUGAGUCUAUAAGGUACAAACAUGCUCAGCAGCUCAAGAAUUUCGGCUACUCCACUCCAUACUCUCAAGUCGGUGCCCGCUUCUUACAGCUCUUCAACGAAAAGACCUAUACUGUGGAAGAGAGAUUAGCGAUCACUAAGGAAGUGAAGUUUGAAGACCUCGAGAAAUUUGCUUUGGAUCUUCUUUGGUCUAAAGGCGUGUUUGUGCAAACCCUCAUUCACGGAAACUUUGACUACUCCAAAGCGCGUGAAGUACAUGGCUCCAUCGAGCUGCUCUUCAAGGAAAUGCCAAGCAUUGACACAGACAAGGAUAUUGUUAGAAAAACAAUCAAAGCCCAGAGCCACAGAUUGGCGAAGAACGAGAAUGCCAGGUACGAUAUCGAAUUGGGCGAUCCUAAUAAUGUCAAUUCAUGCAUUGAGUACUAUGUUCAAGUUGGAAAGUUGGGAAACCAAGAUGCUAAACUCAGAGUUCUUACCGAUCUCUUGGGGGUCAUGGUAUAUGAACCAUGUUUCAACCAGUUGCGAACCAAAGAACAGUUGGGGUAUGUUGUCUUUUCCGGGUAUAGACAAAACAGAUCCGACUUUGGUUUCCGGAUCUUGAUCCAAUCCGAGAGACUGUGCGACUACUUAGAGUACAGGAUUGUUGAGUUCUUCAAGAAGUUUGCCGCCAAGAACCUUGGCCCCGAGCUUACCGACGAGGCCUUUGACAAGUUCAAGAGUGCUCUCAAGACCAAGAAAUUGGCCAAGUUGAAGAACUUGCAUGAGGAGUGCAGUCGUUUCUGGAAUGCCAUCAGCGAUGGCUACUACGAUUUUGAGCAGAAGCAGAACGAUGUCAAGAUUUUGGAAGGCAUCACCAAGAAAGAAUUCCUAAGCUUCUUUGACCAGUACUUUGGCUAUUCUGAAAGCAACAGCAAACCGAUAUUAUCUGUGUACUUGAAAUCACAGAAGGUGCCUUCUUUCGAUGGUGCCAAGGCCGUCUCUGCUGCUGUAUUCAACUUCAUUUAUGGGCAAGACUGGGACGUUAGCUCAGACGUUGUGGACAAGAUUCUCUCCGAGAAUGAUGGGGAUACACCCAAAGCGAUCGAGGAGAUUGUGGCUGCCGUGCAACAACAGACUCAGGGUUCUAAUUUAGACUGGGACGUCAUACAAAAGAGGUUUUUAGAGCAGGUCUUGGAGAGGGCGGCUUUGCCCACACCUGCAGCAUACCCUCUGGGUCAACCAGUGCAGUCGGAAAGCGAGUUCAAAGCGGCCCACGAGAAGGGAGAGAUGCCUGGACCCGUGAAAGAUUUGACAUCUUUCUACUAUCCCCAAGAUGGGGCACACUUGUAG